AUGGUUGGACCGACUGCAGUCUAUUCCGGUGAUACCCCGACAUCCCCUAUUGAAAAUCAUAGUCAAUGGGAGUAUGCCGUUCCUCUGGUGCGCGAUAGUGUCGACAACUAUACGAAGUCUCUGUCCUCCCGCGACUCCAAUUCCUUGCAAGGGAAAUUCACCAAGGAUCGUACCUCUGACUUAUCUCAGGGAUCUUUGCUAUCUAAAAAACCAUCAAAGAACUUGGGAUCAAUUCGUGGGCGGAGAGACUACACUCUCAACCAAAAUGGAGGUGAAAUAGGAAGCAUACGGGGCGUCUAUGGAACGGAAACGAAUGCCUGGAGUGACAAUAUAAGGAAGUCAUGGGAUAGUAAUCGGUUUCGGACGUCCUUCGAGAAAGGGGACACAGCUGUGGAUAACGUGAGCCUGUCCGAGAAGGAUGAUCCCGACAGCGCACAUUGGAUCCACCGGGACAAACUGGCCCGUAUUGAAAGUGAGGAGUUGCACCAGGCCGCCAUUCUGUAUCAACGGCGGUUCAGGUCUGAGAAGAGACGCACGGGCAGUCGCGAAAGGGGUCAUGAAUCCCGGGGCAGCAGUGUUAAUGGUUCAUCUGUGGCUCCGCUGGCGCUGGCUGAUCAAAUGGAGCCAUGGCCAAGUCUAAGUGAAGAGCAGCAGGAAUAUAGUGAACCUAUGGUGCUGCCCGCGGACCGUGUUAAUGGCGAGCCUGCACCAGAGGACCAGCAGAAUUGGGAUCUUCAGGACAAGCCUUUCGAAAACGCCGCAGAGGAACGCCCUCAAGAAGAUGGUGCGUCGGGCGUAUACCGCAAUCCGGGUCUUCGAAAAAGCUCCUCGCGCAUCCCUAUUGCAACUCCGAGUCGCCUACCUGUGUCAUCUGGGCGACUUGGACGGGAUACCCCUACGCAACGUGAUCGUACUUCCACUAGUGAGUCUGAUACCGGCACAUCAUCCACAAAACCCCGUAGAUCCAGUGAGCCGCUUUCAUUAGACCCUGCGGAGAGCUCGAAGACCUCGUCUUCUGCGCCUUCGGGAGGAAGCAGACCCGGUAGUCGUGGUAUGCAGAGCCAAAAUUCCCCGGCAAAGAAACCGUCACCAAAGAAUGGCAAUGCCGCUACGCCCAAUUCUACGAACCGCAAAGCUUCAGCUACCACAGGAAACCGAAGGGUCUCGUCGAGAACAAGAACUGCUUCUGGCAGCAAUGGCCAAUCGCUGUCACGCCCUGCAACAAGGUCUGGCGACCGGAUUAUUAAUCGCCCAGAGGGUGACCCUCCAUGGCUUGCCACGAUGUACAAACCGGACCCACGUCUCCCUCCGGAACAACAGAUCCUCCCGACACAUGCGCGACGGAUGCAGCAAGAGAAAUGGGAGAGGGAGGGCAGGACUCCCAUCACGUAUGAUCGUGAGUUUGCUCCAUUGGCAAUCACACAAGAUGAAGGAAAACCGAUCAAGAACGAGACCGAGGCCAAGACGGUAGCGGAGGAGAAGACAGAGCCCGAGGAACCAAAGGAGAAGCAGGAGAAGCAGGAACAGCCUUCCUCUGCAUCAGCACCGCCAUUCAGUGAAACGUCCCAAGCCCCCAAGAGCCCUGAUCCGAACUCUCGACCGACCACGAGCAGCGGCUACAGGACUAUUCCCAGAUUGCAGAGCACGCCUACGCCAGCAAUGGGGCGUAUUCCAAGUCGGAAUCCCAACGUUACAACACCAGUACAGGCACCAGUUCAAGAUGAGGGUGAAAACGAGAAGAAGAAAUCGAAGGAUGGAUGCGGUUGUUGCAUUGUGAUGUGA